CGAAUUUCUGGUGCUGAACAGGCGCGCCUGGGUUCCGAAGCAAAGACAGCUCAGGAGAAUGUGCGAUCAGCCUCGAAGCGGCUGAAGGAAGCGAAGAAGGAAGUCCAGACUGCGAAGGAGGAGCGUGACACCCUGAGUGCUGAGCAGCAGCAGCUGCUGAAGGAGAAGACGAAACUGACCCUGACGAUAAACGAUCUUCUGGAGGAGGUGAAGGGUGACAACGACAGCAGAAAACGUGCGCAGCAGGAGCUGGAGAAGCUAAAGGAGAACAUCGCUGUGAGGGAAAAGGAGCUGGAGAAGAUUCGUCCUGAAUACGAGGAGAUGAAGCGACGGGAGGAGGAGUACACGAGAGCGAUGGGACUCAAGGAACAGAAGCGGAAGGAGUUGUACGCUAAGCAGGGGACACUCACGUGUGAUAUCAGCAAGGACGACAGGGAUAAAUGGAUUCAGAACGAGCUGAAGCAGCUGACCAAGCAGAUUAGGGAUAAAGAGGAGCACCAGAAGAAGAUCAGUGAGGAUCUCAAGAAAGACGCCGAGAAGCAGAAGGAUCUCGAGAAGAAGAUCGAGGAGUACACGAAGGAGAUGGAGAAGCAGAGGGCGUCCAUUGAUGAACACAACAAGCACUACUAUGAACUGACCAAGCAGAAGGACGCCUGUCAGGCGCAGAGGAAGGAGCAGUACAGGAAGGAGAGUGUCCUGCAGUUGAAUCUGUCUGGGUUGAAGGAGGACCUGGCGAAGGCUGAUCAGAGCCUCAGGUCCAUGGCCGGAAAACCCAUUCUCAAUGGACGGGAUUCGGUUCGGAGGGUUCUUGAGACUUUCAAAGAACGACCUGACAUGGCUCAUGAGGUUAACUCGUACUAUGGACCUGUCAUCGAGAACUUUGAUUGUGAUAAGAGUGUCUACAUGGCGGUGGAGGUCACUGCUGGCAACAGACUCUUUCAUCAUAUUGUGGAGACUGACAAGUUUGGAACGAAAAUCCUGAAGGAGAUGAACAAUCAGAGACUGCCGGGGGAAGUCACCUUCAUGCCUCUCAAUCGUCUACACGUGAAGAGCAUUGAUUAUCCUGAUACGAGUGACGCCAUUCCCAUGAUCUCCAAGCUUAAUUAUGAUGGGAAGUACGACAGAGCGAUGAGGUACAUUUUUGGGAAGACUCUCAUCUGUAGAAAUCUGGAAGCUGCUACUAAUUUGGCGAGGACAUCUGGACUUGAUUGUGUGACACUCGAGGGGGAUCAAGUCUCCUCCAAGGGAUCACUCACUGGGGGGUACUUCAAUACCCUCAGGUCCAGGCUGGAGAUCCAGAAGACAAGGUCUGAACUUAUGGCGCAGAUCAACACGAUGGAGAAUGAACUGUCUAACCUGAGGGAUGAGAUCAAGAAGGCGGAUCAGAAUAUAUCGUCGUAUGUCAGUGAGAUGCAGAGAACGGAGACGAAGAACAGCAAGGCUAAAGACAUCUACGACAAGAUGAAGGCGGAGAUCAGGCUGAUGAAGGAGGAGUUGUCGGCUAUCGAGAGGUAUAGAACACCGAAGGAGAGGAGUCUUGCCCAGUGCACAUCGAAUCUCGAGGCUAUGAGGGCGACCAAGGAGGGUCUUGAGAGUGAACUCCAUCAGGACUUGAUGGCGCAGUUGUCGGUGGCUGAUCAACGGCAGGUGGAUACCCUCAACGACGAGAUCAGGACACUCACGAAAGAGAAUAAGGAGGCUUUUGCCAAACGUAUGAGACUGGAGGCUGAGAAGAACAAACUUGAGAAUCUUCUUACUAAUAAUCUUCAUCGGAGGAAGGACGAACUCGUGCAGGCACUCCAGGAGAUCUCGGUGGAAGACAGGCAGAGACAGUUGGAGACUUGCAAGGCUCAGCUGUCGGACAUAGAGAAAAGAUUGGUCAAGGUCAAUGCUGAUUUCAAGACUAUGAAUGAGAGAGUCGGGGGCGCCACCAAAAAGCAGAAGGCUGAGGCUGCUGAGGUGGAGAAGUGGAAGGCGAAGGAGAAGGAAGUCCAGGAGAAGAUCGAGUCUGAUGCUAAGGAUCUUGAGAAACUCGCCAGCAAGCAGAAUAUUCUACAGCAGAAGAUCGCUGAGUGUACACAGAAGAUCACGGAAUUGGGGGCACUGCCUUCACCUGAGGCUUAUGAGAAGUUUGGGAAUAUGUCGACGAAACAGCUGUUCAAGGAGAUGGAGAAGGCGAAUAAUCAGCUGAAGAAGUACAGCCAUGUUAAUAAAAAGGCGUUGGAUCAGUUCAUGUCGUUCAGCGAUCAGAAGGAGAAGCUUGUGAAGAGGAAGGAGGAGCUGGACAGAGGCGAUGAGAAGAUCAAGGAGCUGAUGAAUGUACUGGAGAUGAGAAAGUGCGAGGCUAUUCAGUUCACUUUUAAACAGGUUAGUAAGUACUUCAGCGAAGUCUUCAAGAAACUCGUGCCCACUGGACACGCACAACUCGUCAUGAAGACGGCCGAUGGGGAGGAGGGCGAUGAUGAUACAUCCACUGCUGCCGAUUCUGAUCGGUUCAUUGGUGUCGGGAUUAGAGUUUCGUUCACUGGACAAAAAGCUGAGAUGAGAGAGAUGAAUCAACUUUCGGGUGGGCAAAAGUCUCUUGUGGCACUUGCCCUGAUAUUCGCUAUUCAGAAGUGCGAUCCAGCACCUUUCUAUCUAUUCGAUGAGAUCGAUCAGGCUCUCGAUGCCCAGCACAGAAAAGCUGUUGCUGAUAUGAUCCAUGAACUCAGCUCUGACGCACAAUUUAUCACCACAACUUUUAGACCUGAAUUACUGCAGCACGCAAAUAAAUUCUAUGGGGUUAAAUUCAGGAAUAAGGUGUCUCACGUAGAGUGUGUCACCAGGGAAGAAGCUGCUGACUUUGUCGAAGACGACACAACUCAAGUUUCUGCUGUAAUUCUAAUUCAAUUCGUGAGGAUUCAACUGGGAAAUGUUGAUUCGCUCUUCAAUUUUGGAAGUGGGCCGGAAAUCGGGGCGCUGAAGCCAGAAAUGGCUGCCACUGUUUAUACUUCCCGUGAAUUUCCCUCGCUUUUUGCAUUCGAGAAGCCGAUCGUCAUCGAGAACUUCAAAUCCUACAGGGGACAACAUAUUUUCGAUGGUUUGCACCCAGGACACAAUACCAUAGUCGGCCUCAAUGGCUCCGGAAAAAGCAGCCUCUUGGAGUCCAUCGUCUUCGUCGUAAGUAACCGUUACUACCCGAUCACAAAAGAACAGAGGGUUUCAGUGAUCAACGACAACCCCAUAAACCACACGAGGUCAGCCUCAGUGGAGAUAAUUCUCUCGAACGACGACAAUGUCCUCUCAAUAGACAUCUCAGAGGUGCGAAUCCGCAGGGUGAUCUCCCUACAGUUUGACCGCAUCACCGUUAACAACCAGAACUGCCAUCCAGACGAACUAUUCCAGCUACUCUCACCAGUCUUCCCCAGGGAGAAUCCUUAUUACAUUGUUCGACAGGAUGAAGUGGCUCAUCUGGCUACUGGCACUAACCUUAUUAGGUUCGAAGUGAUUGUGAUGGCGAUUGGAGUCCACAAGUUUGAUGAGGGUAUCACCGAGCUCCUCCUCCAGAUCGCGGAGAAAACGCAGUGCAUUGAGGACCUGCAGACUGACCUCGAAAGUCACAGGGAGAAGCUCGCCCUUCUGAUGACCAAGUACAACUACUUUACGAGGAUCAACAAAACGCGUCGUUACCUGGAGCAUAAGCUGUACCAGCUGCACCUCGAGGACUUGCAGUCGCAGCUGUCUCAGCUGGCAGACCCCUACGAUGAUGAGGUCCUGAAGGCCGAGGGGGCGAAGACAGCCUACAGCGCAGUCCACUCGGAGUACGUCGAUGUGAAUGCUGAGGUAAUCGCUCUACAGGGGGAGAUCGAUCUCUUGGAGAAGAUGAAGAGGAAGGGAGAGAUUGAAGAUAUCGAGUUGGCGAAGGAGCUGAACACCCAGCAGCUGGAGAGGGAAGAAAUAAGGGAGAAACUACAGGGAUUAAAUUCGGACGAAUCCGAGAGUUUCGAAAAGCGCCAUGAGUUGCUCCUCUCGAGGAUCUCGGAGCUCGAGGAGAAGGCGAAGGGCCUCGAGACUGCGUUGCAAGACAUCAGAAACAACAGUAACGAGGUCUGCCGAGAGCUGGAACGCCACGAGUACCAGCUGAUGGACCUCUCCAGGAGCAAGAUCAUCAUCGAGAAGUUGAAGACAGGAGAUCACGACCUGACUGAGGUAAUGCCAAGGGCUUCUCAGGUCACCAGAAUCAUUCAGGAGGAGGAGGAAGAGGUCGCCAGGCUGGAAGUCACCGUAGAGAAGGCUUUUGUUCAGAGGACCGAGGGCGAGAAGGAACUGGAAAGGCUGAGGAGUCAGUUAAGCGAUGUAAAGCUGCUGCUGCGUGAUCACAGGAGGAAAAAGGAGGAGCUCCAGAGGGCUAGGCACGAUCUCCUGGGGCGGAGGAAGGAGCAGCAGAGGGAGGCGGACGUUCUUCGUGAUGAUAUCGAGGCACUGGAGACCCGGAUUGGGACGAUCAAACAAAAACUGCAGAUGAUGGUCAGGGGAGAUGUCCUCGAGGGGAUCGAGUCGGUGAGGAAGAUCCUGGAGGAUUGGAGGCAGAGGGACGACCGGCUGGAGCUCGUUGAGGGGGUCAAGGGGAUUCUCCUGGAGGUUUUUACGUGCAGAGAACCUUCGGUGGCUUUCGCCAUGGAGGUCAGGGGUGGCGAUCAGCUGUUUCAUUAUGUCGUGAGGGACAGGAUUGUCAUCGCUGAGAUCUUGAGGGAGAUGAAGGAGAGGAACAUGAGGGGAAUCGUCAAUUUUAUCCCCCUCGGGGACGUGGAGGAGCUCCAGGUGAGGUAUCCCCUGGGGGAGUUCAAUUGCAGACCUUUGGUAUCGUUUUUGGUACCUCGGGAUGGCGAGCUCCAGAAGGCUGUGGACUUCGUCUUCGGGAAGACUGUCGUCGUGAGCAGUCUUAGGGAUGGCAUCGCACUUGCCAAUGUCUAUGACCUGCAGGCGAUUACUCUGAAUGGACAGCAGGUCCUGAGGAAGGGUAAGUACAGGGGAGGCUUUCGAGAUCGCCGAAACUCUCGACUAGAACUCUACAAAGAGUACUGUGAGCAGCGAGCUAAACUAGAUGCUGUCACAUUGAAUCACAAGAACCUCCUCACCUCCCUCCAGUCGAUGAACGAUGAACUCCUUCUUCCAAUGUCUGAACUCCAGAAGCUGGACGUGAAGAUCCAGGCGGCUGAACAGCACAUCUUGGGCCUCCAAACGGACAUUGCCGAGGCAUCGAGGAGCUUCGAGCAGGCAUCGGACAACUACUCCCCCCUGAAGAAGUACCUGGAAGACACGAGGAUGAGACUGGAGGAAUCGAAGCAGGAGCUGUCAACAGUGGAGACAGAGAUCGAAGAUCUGGAGAGGACAUCUGUCGAGGAAGUCGAGAUGUCUAUUCAGCAGCUUCUUGAGGACUCCCUACGGCUGGAGAAACAGAGAAAACAGGCGAUCGCAGAGAUUCCGCACCUGGAAGGGAGACUGUCCUCGGUGAGGGAAAUCCUGUCUCGUUUAGAGAAGGACAGGGACGAGCUGGAGGCACAUGUGGGGGAUUACUCUCAGGAUAUCCUCCAGGAACGACUCGUCGUCGCCGAGCAGAAGCUGGAGAAGCGCAGGAAGGAUCUGGGGGAGCGGAUGCAGAGACUGGAGGUGAUUGAUGAGAAGAUAAUUGGACUUACAAGGCAGCUAUCAGAGGUGGAGAAGAGGGCGAGGGACUUGGACUUCGAGAGAGAGAAGGCCAGGAUGACAUGGGAGGCAGCGAAGGAGGACGUGGAGGCGGUUAAAGGUAGAAUGGACUGUCUCACGAGGAAGAUGGGGGAGUGGGAGAAGAGACUGGCUGAUGUGGGGACCCUCCCCAGCAUCAGGAACCCCAGGGUUUUUGACAAUAUGGGGAAGAAGGCGUUGGAGAGGAAGAUCAGAGACAUCGGGAGGGAGGAGAAGGCUCUUGGGGCUGUCGACUGUAGCAUCAAGGGUAAGAUGAAGGGGCUGGAGGGACAAAUGGUGGCUCUGGAGCGUCUCCUGGAGAAGGAGGAGGAGAGGAAGAGGAGCUACGAGGAGGAAAUGGAAAAGAUCGAGACAAAGAGGGUCGAGGCCUUGAGGGUGGGGUUCGAAAAAAUCAACGAGUUUUUUGAGGACAUCUUUGGGAACAUCGUGACCAACGGUCGGGCCAGCCUUCUUCCAGUAGGGGAGGAUGGAGAGGUGGGGGAUGACUGGAGGAGCGUCAGGGGAGCCAGGAUUAGGGCGACUUUUGCCGGUGGACAGGAGGUGGAGAGAAUGUAUCAGCUCUCUGGGGGACAGAAGACUGUCAUCGCUCUGUGUCUGAUCUUUGCUGUUCACAGGUUCAAACCUGCGCCUUUUUAUUUACUUGACGAGAUUGAUAAGGCACUUGAUGGGUGCUUCAGGGCAUCUGUGGCUGGGAUGGUUCAUGAGAUGAGUAGGAAUGCACAGUUUGUGAUCGUCACGUUUAGAGAGGAGUUGGUGAUGCUGGCUGAUAGAUUUUUCAAGGUGACUUCCAGUCAUGACUGCUCACAUGUGCAGGACUGCAACAGGGAGGAGGCUCUGGAGAUCAUUAGGAAAGAUGCUGAGGAGGAGUGAUUUUUUUUCAUUUUUAUUAUUUUUUUCAGUUUGCGAUUACACUCAUAUAUAUUUUUUUAAUUGUCUCAAAGGUGUUGAAUGACAGAAAUUAUUAUAAACAUUAGUGUAUUGUAGUAUUGUAAAACUGUUCAUUUGC